UCAACUCCACUGACAAAGUCUGUAAUCGGUUUUUUUUUUUUUUUUGGGGGGGGCGAAUGGCUUUGUUUUAAAACAAGUAAUGACUUAAAUAAUUUAUAGUUAUCAUCCAUAUUGAUAAAAGAACCGUUUAAAAAUGGACCAGGACUUUAAGGACAUGGAUUCAGAGGGCCGGUGGCAGAAUUUAUACAUAGAAAUACGGAAUCAGUCCCAUGAAUGUCCUUUAAAAGUUGCUAAAUAUCCAGAAAAUCGCAACCGGAACCGAUACAGAGAUGUCAGUCCAUUUGAUCACAGCAGAGUUAAACUGGAGAACACAGAGAACGACUACAUCAACGCCAGCCUGGUGGUCAUGGAGGAGGCCCAGAGGAGCUACAUUUUAACUCAGGGUCCUCUGAGGAACACCUGUGGUCACUUCUGGUUGAUGAUCUGGGAACAGAAUACCAAGGCUGUCAUCAUGCUGAACAGAGUCAUAGAGAAGGGAUCAGAAAAGUGUGCUCAGUAUUGGCCAACGCAGGAUGAGCAUGAGAUGUCGUUCAGAGAUACACAUUUCCUGAUAACGCUGGUUUCAGAAGACGUCAAGUCCUACUACACAACCAGAGUGCUGGAGCUGCAAAAUGAUAAGACAGGGGAGAAGAGAGAGAUCUAUCACUUUCAUUACACCACCUGGCCUGACUUUGGUGUCCCAGAAUCGCCGGCGUCCUUCCUCAACUUCCUGUUCAAGGUGCGGGAGUCUGGCUCGUUGGGGGCGGAUCACGGACCGGCGGUAGUGCACUGCAGCGCUGGAAUUGGCCGCUCAGGGACCCUCUCAUUGGUUGACACCUGUCUGGUCCUGAUGGACAAGAGGAAAGACCCAUCGUCUGUGGACAUCAAAGCUGUGCUGUUGGACAUGAGGAAGUACCGUAUGGGUCUGAUCCAGACUCCUGACCAGCUACGCUUCUCCUACAGGGCCGUCCUGGAGGGGGCCAAGUACAUCAUGGGGGACUGCUCUGUACAGAAAAUGUGGCGUGAGCUAUCUAAAGAGGACCAGGACCCAGUGUCUGAUUCUGAAUCCCUUCUUCCUACCCAGCCACCCUCCAAGUGUCCCCUGGAGAAAUACAAUGGCAGCCGGGUGUCCCUGGGGAAAGAGGGAGGGGACGCGGAGCUGGGGGAGAGAACGACGGGGACAGAGUCACCAUAUAAGGAACAGGAUGUGGACGAGAGCACAGCUAAUGCUCGCAAGAGACCGCGCGAUGAGAGGGUGUCUAACUGGACCCCCAAGAUCACAGACCCCAAGCAGACAAAGCCCAGCAUAACAGACUCUGAAAAGAAGAGAAAAAGGCCGAGAACCAGUGACCGCUAACUGACUCCACCGUGGCUCCAGCCUCCUCCUGAUCUGGCUGCUGAGAUGACGUUGACAGGAAUCCCCCUCCCCCCCCCCCCCCCCCCCCCCCCCACU